ACACUUCCGGUACCGGUCCACUCCGGAUGAGAACACCGCUUAGUCACCGGCGCUAAGAGGGAGCGCCUCCCCGCUCACACGCCGAUUGGCUGGUGCCCCCUGACGGGCUCGCCUCCUUCCCACAGACUGUAUCGGAGCCCAGGGCGGGGCUCACGCUCAACCCCGGCGCAAGAAAACUUGGGCCGGCGGGUCGAUGCAUGGAGCAGUGUGGGAACACUGUGUCCGUCGGCUGGAAGGAAGCACAGACGCGGACAGCUGGCCGGGCCGGGCUGGGUUGGGCUGGGCUGGGAUCGGCACCAUCCAUCCUCGAGGGCCGCCGGUGUGGCUGAGUAGUGUGGCCGGGUUUGAGCGCGGCGGCACCGGCUGGGAAGAUUUGCGGCGAGGGAGGAGGAAACACAACCGAGAAGAAGCGUUCGUUCCUGCGUGUGUUUGUCAGGAUGAUGUGACCACCCGGGAGGGAGAAGGCGGAAAUCGGAUUUAUUAUUUACCCACCGCUGGAGAUCAUCUGAGCCGCCGGCUUUGAAGGCUGGCAGGCGUGGGGUGGGGACACACAACAUGGCAGAACCACCACGGCGAGAGAGCACCAGCAGCCUGCAGAGGAAGAAGCCCCCCUGGCUUCGACUGGACAUUCCUGCCACUCAGAUGUCUCUGGACGAGCCUCCCACUUUUGUUCAGCCGAUGAAGCGGCAGGGCUUCCUCCGCAGCAUCAGCAUGCCGGUAGAGACCUCUCACCUCCAGUCCCCGCCCCGCGACUUCUUCGACACCCGGAGGCCUGUCUUACAGCGCCAGUCGUCCAUCACUCAAACCAUAAAGAGCAGCAGGAGGGUUCACUUUGAGCGGAUUAACACGGUGCCCAUUAAGGGCCAGCGAGCUGCUCGGCGCAGCACCAGGAAGCACCACUCGCUCUCCAGAACCCUGCUCAGGGGCACCGCCGACUGGUUCGGGGUCAGCAAGGACGGCGACGCCACGCAAAAAUGGCAGAGGAAGAGCCUCCGCCACUGCAGCCUACGCUACGGCAAGUUGAAGCCGCAGGUGAUCCGCGAGAUGGACCUGCCCAGCCAGGACAACAUCUCUUUGACCAGCACUGAGACUCCGCCUCCGUUGUAUGUCCCCGCCUCCCAGCAUGGCAUGCAGAAGAUCGUGGACCCCCUGGCACGAGGCCGAGCCUUCCGUAUGGUGGAGGAAGUAGACGGCUACAGCGUGCCCCAGACCCCUAUCACCCCGGGGGCGGCGUCGCUCUGCUCCUUCACCAGCUCACGCUCGGGCCUCAACCGAAUGCCUCGCCGACGCAAGAGGGAAUCGGUCGCCAAGAUGAGCUUCAGGGCGGCGGCAGCUCUGGUCAAGGGGCGCUCAAUACGGGACAGCACCCUACGACGGGCCCACAGACGCAGUUUUACUCCUGCCAGCUUCAUGGAGGAAGACAUCAUGGAUUUUCCUGAUGAGCUGGACACAUCCUUCUUUGCCCGAGAUAUUCUAAUGCACGAAGAGCUCUCCACGUACGCCGACGAGGUAUUCGAGUCGCCGUCGGAAGCGGCACUGAAGGAGGCGGAGCAUGGCAACAAGAAGGACGAGACGGAUCUGACGGGAAGCGCGCUGGAUAAAACGGCCCUGGAGAGAAGUCACCUGAUGCUACCUUUAGAGCGCGGAUGGCGUAAAGCCAAAGAAGGAACCCCAGGCCCCCCGAAGGUGCCCUUACGCCAGGAAGUGGUGAGCGUCAACGGGCAGCGGCGUGGCCAAAGGAUCGUGGUGCCCGUCAAGAAGCUUUUUGCCCGGGAGAAGAGGCCGUACGGGCUGGGGAUGGUGGGGAAGCUGACCAACCGCACGUACCGCAAGCGCAUCGACAGCUACGUGAAGAGGCAGAUCGAGGACAUGGACGACCACAGGCCUUUUUUUACCUACUGGAUCACCUUCGUCCACUUGCUCAUUACGAUCCUGGCUGUUUGCAUCCACGGCAUCGCUCCGGUGGGCUUCUCCCAGCACGAGACGGUUGAUUCUGUUUUAAGAAACAAAGGUGUGUACGAAAAUGUCAAGUUUGUGCAGCAGGAGAACUUCUGGGUUGGGCCAAGCUCGGAGGCGCUGAUCCACUUGGGGGCCAAAUACUCUCCAUGCAUGAGGCAGGACCAGCAAGUGCAUGAGUUCAUCAGGGAAAAACGAGCCAUCGAACGCAACUCCGCCUGCUGCGUGCGCAACGAUCGCUCCGGAUGCUUGCAAACCUCAGAGGAGGAGUGCUCGAGCACGCUGGCGGUGUGGGUGAAGUGGCCGCGGCAUUCCAGCACCCCGCAGCUAAACGGCAAAGACAGACAAUACGGCUCUGUUUGCCAUCAGGACCCCAGCAUAUGCCUGGAGCCCGCCUCUGUCUCUCCUCACGAAUGGCCCGAUGACAUCACCAAGUGGCCAAUUUGCACCAGGUACAACACAGGGAACCACACCAACCUGCCUCACAUCGACUGCACCAUCACGGGACGACCCUGCUGCAUCGGAACCAAAGGAAGGUGCGAAAUCACAUCCCGGGAAUAUUGUGACUUCAUGAACGGCUACUUUCAUGAGGAAGCCACUCUCUGCUCCCAAGUGCAUUGCAUGGACGAUGUGUGCGGGUUGCUGCCUUUCCUCAACCCUGAGAUCCCGGAUCAGUUUUACAGACUGUGGCUCUCGCUCUUCCUGCACGCAGGGAUCCUCCACUGCAUGGUGUCGGUGGCUUUCCAGAUGACCAUCCUGAGGGACCUGGAGAAGCUGGCGGGCUGGCUGCGCAUCUCCAUCAUCUACAUCGUCAGCGGCAUCACCGGAAACCUGGCGUCGGCCAUCUUCCUCCCGUACAGAGCCGAGGUGGGACCAGCGGGUUCUCAGUUCGGCAUCCUGGCUUGCCUGUUCGUGGAGCUGUUCCAGAGCUGGCAGAUCCUGGCUCAGCCUUGGCGGGCCUUCACCAAACUGCUGUGCGUGGUGCUCUUCCUCUUCGCCUUCGGCCUGCUGCCGUGGAUCGACAACUUCGCCCACAUCAGCGGCUUCGUGUCGGGCUUCUUCCUGUCCUUCGCCUUCCUGCCGUACAUCAGCUUCGGCCGCAUGGACCUGUACCGCAAGCGUUGCCAGAUCAUGGUCUUCCUGCUGGUCUUUGUGGGCCUCUUCUCCGGCCUGGUCGUGCUCUUCUACGUCUACCCCAUCAAGUGCGAGUGGUGCGAGUUGCUCACCUGCAUCCCUUUCACGGACAAGUUCUGCGAGAAGUACGACCUCAACGCGCAUCUCCACUGAACAGGACAACCAAGCUUUGGGAUUUUUCUACUCCGGUAAGUAUACGUCACCCCCCUUCCCUCUCUCCCCCCCCGUCAGGACCUUCUUUCUUCAGCGUGGAGGUGUUGGAAUCUCUGAGGCACACAAAAAGCUAAGAACUUUUCACUCAUUUUCACUCGUUUUGUCAUUUUUUAAUUGGAGGAGGAUCAGAGCCACAUGUGGAAAAUCCAAGUCCAAUUUCACCCUGAAAUGUGUACUCAUAAUUUGUAUUUAGAACAAAUAAUACUAAUCUUUUUAAGUGUUUUUCCACAUUUUUUGGGCAUUAUACUUCAACUGCGAAUAAUUAUGACAUCAUUUAAUAGUUUUGAACAUGAUAGUUUGACUAUAAUUCUAGAUUAGAUUCUCAAAGUGGAACUCAAACCUUUUUCACAAGUGCUUUUAGUCAUAAUUCAAACGUUAAAUAGAAAUAUAGCGUUUUGGAAUACUUUUUUGUGUUUGGAUGUAGUACUUCUACAACCAUACUGCUUAAAACUGCUGAUUCAUAUCCAAAACACAGAAUUAUUCCAUUUUAAUCAUUCAAAACCGUCACUUUUUCAUCCAUUUUGACAUUUAAUUCAGAUUUUUUUUUUUUUCAUAAUCCCGAUCCAUACUGACUGUCCAGAACAAAAUAAGUAUUUAUUUUCUACUGUUGGCUCUCCUCCUCUUCCAUCCAAGUCAUUCAGGCAACCUCAAAAGAGAAAAAGCAGGGACAAAAACAAAAACAUAACCAAUAUAUGGACCCAAUAUCAAACCUCUGGUGCCUUGUUGAAAGAUAAAAAUGUACCAACUACUGCCAUAACUUCUUUUUAUUUUCUUACAUUAUGCCGAGCACUCAAAUGUUGUGUUUGUUUGUUUUUUUUUCUUCCUUUUGACUUUUGUUUAUUGUUGGUGUUUAUUGCUUCUCAAGAAGUGAUGGCUGUCCUGAACUGGGUAGCGUUUUAGCUGCCCGUCUACUCCACACAUGUAACUGAAAAACAACAAACCAAGAAAGAAAACAAAAAAAUA